AUGGAUGUGAGUGAAUGUGAGAGUAGGACAGAGGAGGAGACCAUGGAACUUCAACAUUUCAGUCAUCCACAUCCUUUGGUCUUCUUCAAAUAUCAGACUGUUGCAAGCAAAGAAGUAGACCCAGAAGCAGCUCGUUGCUUUGGGUGUGAGAAUCCUUUAGAGGACGGGAGCUACGGCUGCAAUCAAUGUAAGUUUUACCUUCAUAAGGGAUGUGCUGAGUUGGAGUUAGUCCCCCGGAUUCAACAUCCCUUUCACCCACAACACCCUCUCACCUUUUUCCCCCAAUCACCUUAUCAGGGUGAAUACGUUUGUGGUUUGUGUGGCGGAAUAUUCUGGGGAUUUGUUUAUCAUUGUGGUUCUUGUUUAUUUGAUCUGCACAUCAAUUGUGCUUUGCUUCAAUCAUCCAUUGCUACAAAUUUUCCUAAUUCUUUGCACCACCAUCCUUUACACUUCAUUCAAAACCAUAACGAGGAAGUUGAGCGCGAUUGCUCCGGAUGUCAGAAACCAUUAUCUGGUCCGAUUUGCCAUUGUAUAGAUUGUUCUUAUCCUACAUUCUUUACCUUCAUAAGGAAUGUGCUGAACUACCCCUAG